CUUACGACUUGUCACUCUUCAACUCUCUCUCUCUUCCCCACUCCUCAGUCUUCACUCUUUCAACAGAGUCCGCACUUCGAAAUUCCAUAUUUCCUGAUCGCCGUAUUUGAGCUUUAUUCGAUCUCCAUCGGAGAUAAUGGAUAAGAUAAGCGAGGCGUUUGAUAAGAUGAAGAAUCACCAAGCUGUCGAAAGGAUGAAGAUGCUUGUUGGCAUGGAGGUUGACGACGAAGAAUCUGCUGCUGUUAAUUCCACCGCCGAUGAAUCCUCCUUUGGUUUCAUUGAUGAUUUUAAUCGUAACUGCACUUUGUCCACCAAACAGAGAAUUGAAGGAUUUGCAAUAUGCUUUGUUGCUGGGUUGACUUGUACAUUUCUGUCCAUGCUUGUUUUCUUCAACCCGAUCAAGUUUGGUAUCGCUUUCACCCUUGGGAAUUUGCUUGCUAUUGGGAGCACAGCUUUCCUUAUUGGCCCAAAAAGGCAAGUGGCAAUGAUGCUUGAUCCUGUACGUAUAUAUGCAACAGCCCUAUAUCUGGCGAGUAUGAUUAUUGCACUGUUUUGCGCCCUCUAUGUUCAUAACAAGCUAUUGACACUCUUGGCAAUCAGUUUGGAGUUCGGUGCUCUAACUUGGUACAGUUUGAGUUACAUUCCAUUUGCCAGGUCUAUGGUCAGUCGAGUCCUCGUCUCUUGCUUUGACACUGAGUUUUAGCUUGAUAUGCUCACGAACCCGACAUCCUCCUGUUCAAGGGGAGGGAGAGAACUUGUGUUGGACUGCACAAAUCAUUAAAACAGGUGUACUGACACCAAUACGGUCACGCUCCUUAGUCCUUAACUGACAAUUAGUCGAGUUCCCACAAUUUCCUUAUAAUGUACAUAUAAGGGGGUGUAGAAUUUUGUCUUCAAAGGAAAAUUGUUGGAUAUGAUCUUAACUUGGUUUUCCUCAAGUAAUCUCCUGUUCGUGUUGUGUGUUGUGUAUUACCGUGUCUCCAUUAUGAUUGAUCAGUACUGUUGAGUAGAAAUUUUGGAAUUUUAGUGGAUAAAUUUUCAUGUAUAGGCUUGUAGUUGUCUCUUCCAAAUAGAAUUUCAUUUUUUAUUUCAUUCUUGCUGGACCACCAACAUUUUCUUGAAAAAAAUAAGUUUGGCGUGA